CUGCUCGGUGGUUUUUCGUCUUCUUUUGGCUGCUCUGAGUUCACCGUAUUGUUUGAGGGUGCCGUGAAUCGUUGGAGGAGGAGGGGGGGCUGAAUUGCCAAAUAUUUCCCGAUAGCGUACACAUCCGGAGUCUCGACUGUCGCCAUUUAAAGCCCGUUUGUAUGUUUUAAGACGCAGAUUUGUACAAUUUUUUAUUAAUUUAUUUUAAUUUCUUAGCUUAUGCUUCGCACUCUGGGAGGGCAGAAAUGGCGGCUAACAUGUACCGGGUCGGAGAUUAUGUUUUCUUUGAAAACUCCUCAAGUAACCCUUACCUGAUCCGUCGGAUAGAAGAACUCAACAAGACCGCCAGUGGGAAUGUUGAGGCCAAAGUGGUUUGUUUCUACAGAAGGAGAGAUAUCUCUCACAGUCUCAUCCAGCUCGCAGAUAAACAUGCAAAGGAGUUGGAGGAGGAGAAGGAGAGCCCAACAGAGACAGAGCUAACAGAAAAACAGAAACACCAGCUUCGUCACAGAGAACUCUUCCUCUCCAGACAGUACGAGAGUCUACCUGCGACACAUAUCAGGGGAAAGUGCAGUGUCGCGUUACUGAAUGAGACUGAAGCUGUCCUUUCAUACCUUGACAAAGAGGAUACUUUCUUCUAUUCGCUGGUGUACGAUCCGACGCAGAAGACUCUGCUGGCCGACAAAGGAGAGAUCAGAGUGGGACCUCGUUUUCAGGCAGAUGUACCUGAAAUGUUACAAGAAGGCGAGGCAGACGACAGGGACCAGGCCAAGCUAGAAGAGAAACUGUGGGAUCCUGAGUGUCCUCUCACCGACAAACAAAUAGAUCAAUUCCUGGUGGUGGCACGGGCGGUCGGGACGUUUGCCAGAGCGUUGGACUGCAGCAGUUCAGUCAGACAGCCAAGCUUACACAUGAGUGCAGCUGCAGCUUCACGAGACAUCACACUGUUCCACGCGAUGGAUACGCUGCAUCGCCAUAAUUACGAUCUGUCCAGCGCUCUGAGUGUGCUGGUCCCAGCGGGUGGUCCGGUGCUCUGCAGGGAUGAGAUGGAGGAGUGGAGCGCCUCGGAAGCUGCCAUGUUUGAAGAGGCUCUAGAGAAAUAUGGGAAAGACUUCAAUGACAUCCGACAAGACUUUCUGCCAUGGAAGUCUCUGACCAGUAUCAUAGAGUACUACUAUAUGUGGAAGACCACAGACAGAUAUGUUCAACAGAAGAGACUGAAGGCAGCUGAAGCAGAAAGCAAACUGAAGCAGGUUUAUAUUCCCACAUACAACAAACCCAACCCCAACCAGAUCUCAAUGACCAAUGGUAAGAUGGCAACAGUGAACGGAGCGGGCCCCGGGGCCUUCCAUACAGCAGGAGGGGGCAGAGCCUGCGAGAGCUGCUACACCAUGCAGUCGGCUCAGUGGUACUCAUGGGGACCUCCAAACAUGCAGUGUCGCCUGUGCGUUUCUUGCUGGAUGUACUGGAAGAAGUACGGUGGUUUGAAGAUGCCAAGCAGAGCCGAGGGCCCCGAGGAGAGGACCUCCCCCAGCCCAGCGAGCAACGAGUCUCGCUCAAGGGGUCACGCUCCCCGUCAGUCCAACCACAUGGUACCGAUGCGAAACAGYGGCAGCCCCAAGUCCUCCAUGAAGACCAAGCAGGCUUUCCUGCUGCAGGCCACCCGCCUCACCAAACUGGCCCGGCACAUGUGCCGGGACAUCAUCAAGCUGCGCCGCGCUGCGCGCCGGCCCUUUGUCCCCAUUAACUGUGGGGCCAUAAAGGCAGAGUACAUGUUGAGGGUGUCAGAAGGGCAGGGGACUCGGCUACCCAAAACCAGAGCCAUCCAGAGGAGCACUCUGACCAGUGUGCUGCAGUUUCUAGAGUCCCGCCCGGUGGCCCACGCCCCUCGCUCCCACCGCACCGCCGGCCUGCAGGCGCCUCCCCCCCGCCGCCUCCUCUCCUCCCUCCCGCACGGCCCCCACGGCCUGCUGGGAAAGCGCAGCUACCAUCACCACAGCAGGGCCGAGCCGGACAGGCGCUCAGCAGAGAACCCAGGAUCAACAGGUGGACCUCAAAUGCAUAACGGCCGCAACAGCAGUGGCGGAAACGCCCGAGGAGGGGUGAUGAUCCGCAAGAGACGUCCRAACUGGAUUGAUGCCCCAGAUGACAGCUUCUUCCUCGUCACCCGGGAGACCAGAGAGAGAGAGAGAGAGAGAGAGAUUGCACCAACAGCCCAAGAGGGUGUGUGCUGUUUUUAUUUUAUUUUUUAUCUUUUACAGUUCGACACGACAAGUUGAAGUUUGUUUCGAUAGUGAAUUGUUGUGAAGUUUCAUCAGUUUGUAUAAAGUUAUUUUGUUAUUUUGGGUGGGCGGGGUAAAAAUAAAAAUAAGGAAUAGCUCAGAUCUUUUGAAGUGGGGUUUUGUAUAAAAGUUGUGAUUAAUGAACAUCUUACCUGUUGUAGAUAGAUCUUUAAAUGGCCUCUGCAAAAAAAGGGGGCUUGUGGAGUUACAAUAAGGAGGAGCUCAUUGCAGUUCCAUUUUAUAUAGACCCCAACUGAAUGAUUUCAAUGUGAAAAAGACAGAUUUAAAAGCAUAUGUCUCAAGUGCUACAGUUAGCUGUUGAUGCUAGCUCCGCUUUCAAAUAGCUAUAUAAUUCUAUGAAAAUAAGCAUUUAAUGCAAAAUUCACAAAAAUAUAAAGUUUUUUUGAGAUUGUUUUUACUUGUGUUCUGAAAUUUUUGAAAUGAGUUGUUACGAGCUGGCAGUAUACUUUGGUAUUAGCUUCGCUUUCAUUAGCUCAUCAGUCUGUAUUUAAAUUCAAUGUAGUUUAUUUAUAUAGCACCAACUCACAAUAAAAGUCCUCCGAAGGCAUUGUACAAAAGGAGCAAGCAAAAAUUAAACAGUAUUUUUCUAAACUGAAGUCAUUCAGACAGCUGUCUGCAACAGGUAAGAUAUUAACUGUUCAACCCCUCAGAUGAUCUGCGCCAUUGCUUCAAGAGAAAAAAAAAACUGGUGGGGAUUGAAUACAUGGGGAGUGAGAAUAAACUAUUGUCCAGUGCUGACAUUAAAAAAGACACACAAAAAAGAAAUGCACUAUGAGUGUAAAGCAGUGUUUUCAAAAACAACUGCCUAAAAUUGCAUUUCACUUUCAGUUUUUCAUCUUCAGCUCCAACUAAAUAAAUAGGAGGCAGUGUGAAAGGAUGAUGUCAUUCAUCAAAGCUCCUGUAACUAUAUCCUGCUCUCAGUUAUUUAUAAUGAAUCUGCAGGUUUGAAAAUGUAAAAAAAAGAAGAAGAAGAAGAAGCAGGAAGCCAGCGUACAUCAAACAGGAUAAGCCUUCCACCUGUAUUAUAUAUUGUAUAUCUCAUCACAGCACUGUAAAUUCUUCUCAUCCACUUUCUAUGGCUAUCUAGCCCCUAACAUGGGUAUAAACGAACUUCCUUUGAUCAGAAAAAUGGUACAAAUUUGUCAAAUUUGCCCUCGAGGCUGUGACCUACCUGCAGCUUUUAGACUGCGCAGCUGUUUUCCUCGCUGCGUUUCCUUCUUUAAACCCAACAGACAGGUUUUCUCUGUUGUCAGACCUCUCGCUACGUGACACUGUUGCCUCCUGAAGCCGUGUGGGCCUUCGGGUGUGUUUUAUUCUGAGUUUAAAAACUGGCAUGUCUUUUGACCCGACGGCGGGUCACAUGAUUUCUUCUCUUUCAUUCCGAAUGUUUAUGUUCGUGUUUCCUGUCUGUCAUGUGUUUGACUCAUGAAUAUGCUGAGAAUAAUAAAAAAAGAUGAAAAAAAAAAAAAAAA